AUGCAAUGCCGUUCGCGGCAUAUGAGAUGCGAUGCCAAACAGCCAGAGUGCUCUCGGUGCCAGCUGGACAAGAGACGGUGCACAUACGUCAAAUCUAAACGCGGAGGCCGACGCCGUGCAACAAGCGCAGAUAGCCCCCAGGGUGAAUCGACCGUGUUCUCGGAACCAACAAGCGUCUCCCCAGAAUGGAAGAAAUGUAUCGACACCAUUCGCGAACCGAGCCAGGAAAUAUUAUUUUCGGAGCCCUGUUCAGUCACAUCCGAUCCCCAAGCUACUCCAUCUAUGAUAGACGACCCUGUGGCCUCGCCGUUUGACAACCUGCUCGAUCUAUACUAUUCGACCUUUCACGCCGCCCACGCCUUUGUUCUCCCAAAACGGAAUCUAUUGGAUCGACUGGAGAAAGACCCGCUGUCUUUUGAAGCGUUGGUACUAGUGAUGCGAUACGUCGGUUCACUAUUCAAUCCAUCCACGUCAUCUGCAUCCCUAGAACGAAAAGUACAGCGAGCUCUGGCGCCAAUUCGCAGCCGUGAAUACUUUUUAACCGGAUACCACGUACAAUCUCUUCUAUUAUACUCCAGCGCCGCAUACUGGUGUAACAAAACCGAGACGGGCCUCCGGUUGCUGGAUGAAACCAUUCAACUUGCCAUUGAGCUGGGCAUGGAACUUGAGAGCUACGCGAUCCAACACGGGGAAGGAGAUCCAGUUCUCGAAGAAAGUUGGAGGAGGACCUGGUGGCAAAUAUACGUUACGGAAGCCCACAAUACCGGGACAACCCGUUCGUUUCCGACCAAAACUGGUGGCUUGCAUAUAACGACUGCGCUACCAUGUGAGGAUCACAACUAUCAAUCGGGGACCAUCCCGCCGCCGAGAACGCUCUAUGAAUAUGACAUGCGGGAGUUCUUGAUGGCAGAGGGUGAUGCUGAGUUUUCGUCUAUUGCAGAGUUAAUUGGUUUGACUCGAACUCUUAAUAUGGUCCUCUCCGGUCGAAAAACGGGAAACCUGAGCGUAACGCGGACCAUAUGUGCGGAAGUGGAUAUUGCCAUUUCGGCAUGGUGCGCGCUCCUCCCAGCUUCGAAAAAGAACGUAAAGAGGAGCGACGGUACUGUGGACGAGCAGCUUUUCAAUGCCAACAUAUUGAUCCAUACAUGUAUUGUUGAUCUCCAUCGUGAGCUGUCAGAUCUAGCCUAUAGCCCCAUAGAAUCGGUGUCCAGAUGUGCUCCGCCAUCUCCAGCAAAACGAUUACACGUUUUCCCGUCCAACGAGACGCACAGGCAUACAUUAACAGUCCUCAGUUCCAUCGAAAAGGUGGGUAGGCUACUGAACGUGGUCACGGCUUUUGACACCUGUACCCCCUUUCUUAUCAGUAUGAUCGCAAACACAACUGUUGCGCACUUAUCCGCGUGCAAACAUCUAUUUCGGGACCGCAGAUUGCAAAUGGAACGGGAAAAGAUACGAUUGAGCAUGGCUGCCCUUAAAUCAUUGAGCGAAUUCUGGCCACUUGGUAGACGCACCUACACUGAGGUUGGGAUAAUCGCUCGAGAGAUACUUUCUCUUGCAGAUCGGGAGAUUAGCCCAUGGGUCGCCAGCAUGGGCCUACCGCCCGUGAUGUGUCGAAAUAUAGGGGCUGAUUUAGGCGGUGCAUUAGAUACCUGCAAUCUGUGUGAUGAUUCCGCAUCAUGCGAGUUCCUGAUGAAUGUUUAA